AUGCAAGGGAUGUCACCUUAUAUCAAUGAUCUUUUGUCCUCUAUAGGCUUUCAGUUAUCUGCUCAUAAAUUUGGUUCCAAGCCAUCAUAUGACCUUGGAUCCAAUUGUACAAAUUCAUGGUCAAUAUGGGAAGCUGAGAACAGGAAUGUGUAUAGGUUUGUUCAAGCAGAUGGUCAGUUACACACAUCAUGUUCAAUCGAGCAUGAUGGAGAGGAGCCUGAUGUGUCAUGGGUUCAUUCAGUGUUAAAGGACUCGCCAUAUGAGGUGAAAGAGACAAUUGCUAUUCCAAUCUCAAGUACCCUUGAUGGCUCUACUUUAAAUCCUCAUAUUGAAUCCAGUGAUCAUGCGGCCUUGCGAGCCUGA